AUGAGAGGAUGGAGGACAAGUGAUGUGGAAUAUCAACCAUACUUUGUUUUUGGUGAUUUGUGGGAAUCUUUCAAGGAGUGGAGUGCUUAUGGUGCUGGAGUUCCUUUAAUAUUGAAUGAAGCUAAUUAUGUGAUCCAAUAUUAUGUGCCUUAUUUAUCUGGAAUUCAAAUAUAUGUAGACCCUUUGAAGUCUUCAAUAAAUUCCAGGCAACUAACUGAGGAUAUUGAUGAUAACUCAUUUACGGAUUCAAGUAGUGAUGGGAGCAGUGAUUAUGAACAGGAAAAGGGUUCUUUACAUUAUCUAAGGGAGAAGAGUAAUAAUCAUCACCCAAAGAAUGACAUUCUUCACCGAAUAGAUCAUUUGUCAAUGAAUGAUGAGAACAAUGUAGUUCAAGAAGACUUUUCUAGUGAUGAUAGUGAUUCUGCCACCACUCAAAGUUGCUUGAUAUUUGAGUACAUGGAACAUAGUCAGCCUUUGGGCAGAGAACCUUUGUGUGAUAAGAUACUUGAUCUUGCACAACGUUUCCCUGAAUUGAAAAGUCUAAGAAGUUGUGACUUGUUUCCAUCUAGUUGGCUUUCUGUCGCUUGGUACCCAAUAUAUAGAAUUCCCAUGGGGCCCACCUUGAAAGAUCUUGAUGCUUUUUUUCUAACUUUUCAUUCCCUUCACACUCCUACUACAGGCAAUGAAUGUGAGCAUCCACCUAUUGUAAGGCAUUUCAGUGGGACGGGUGUGGUCUCAUUACCAGCAUUUGAAGCAGGUCUCCUCCACGUAGGAGUAGGUCACCUUCUAGAAGCUGAUUCCAGAAGCCCUUUGCAGCGUUCUGAUUCCAAUGGUUUGCCUGGACCAAUGGGGUUGAUGAGUACUAGUCAUUUGGAACAAGAAGCUACAGUACUUGCUUUAUCAACUUUGAUGACCAUAGCUCCUGCACAAGUUUAUGCAGAAUUUGAAAAGGUAACAAUCUUGUUGAAAGGACUUAUGAAUCAGAUAUUAAUGGUACCAAGUUUAACACUCGAAUCCAUAUGA